CGCCCUGGCUGGCCUGAGGCUGGUUCUCAGAGCGCUGGGACUCCAGGAGAGACGGGGGGUCCAGCUGGAUCUCUGCCCCCCUCCCCAGUCAGCGCUGCACACCUGCUGGCAGGAACGGACGGGUCAUCCAGGGCGCUUGGACGGACGUCCCUGCAGGACAGGGACUGUGAGCCUGAGGGCAGGACUUUUGCAUGAGCCAUCUUUGUAAGCCUCUCCGAGAAACCUUUCUGGAGGAAAAGUGGGGCGCACACAGCCAACCAGCAACAUCCCCUUCCCACGCCCCCCAGGCACGAUGGCUGGCGACCAAAGCUACGUGCGCGAAUUCACCCGGCACUCCAGCGACGUCUUGCUGAACCUGAACGAGCUGCGCAGGCGGCACGUCCUCACCGACGUCACCCUGCGGGUGGGGGGCUGCCCCCUCCAGGCCCACAAGGCCGUCCUGACCGCUUGCAGCGGCUUCUUCUACUCCAUCUUCCUGGGCCAGGGGGGCCACGAAGUGAGCGUGCUGACCCUCCCCAGCUCCAUCGAGCCGGCCGGCUUCCAGGCCCUCCUCGACUUCAUGUACACCUCGCGCCUCCUCCUCACCCCGGGCACGGUGCCGGCCGUCCUGGCCGCGGCCUCCUACCUGCAGAUGGAACACGUGGUGGAGAGCUGCCACCGCUUCAUCCAGGCCAGCUCCCUUCCCUGCGAGGGGCGGCAGGCCCCGCCCGAGCCCCCGCGCCCGCCGGGCAGCAGCCCCGGCGCCGGCAGCCGCGAAGAGGCGAAGGCGCCGUGCAGGCCACGUUCCCCUCAGCCCUGCUGCUCCAUCUGCAACCAGCCGCCCCCGCAGCUUUGCUCACAUCCUCCGCAGGACGCUUCCGAGGGCCAGAGGCACCCCUGCAGCGCUGGAACUGGCGCCUGCGACUGCAGACCCUGCGAGCUGCGGUACCUCCGCGAGGAGGAGGAGGAGGAAGGAGGAGGAGGGGGUGGCGGGGCCCCCCCAGCAGCCCCCACUGCAGAGGAGAAGCCGUACAAAUGCCACUUCUGCGACUCCGCGUUCCGCUACAAGGGGAACCUCGCGAGCCAUCGGUUUCUGCACACAGGAGAGAAGCCAUAUCGCUGCGGGAUCUGCGGGGCUCAGUUCAACCGGCCGGCCAACCUCAAAACUCACCUGCGCAUCCAUUCUGGGGAGAAACCCUACAAAUGCGAGACGUGUGGGUCACGUUUUGUGCAGGUGGCGCAUCUGCGGGCACAUGUCCUGAUCCACACUGGGGAGAAGCCGUACCCCUGCGGGACGUGCGGGUCACGCUUCCGGCACCUGCAGACCCUCAAAAGCCACCUCCGCAUCCACACGGGAGAGAAGCCCUACCAGUGUGAGAAGUGCAGCAUGCACUUCCGCCACAAGAGCCAGCUGCGGCUGCACCUGCGGCAGAAGCACGGCGCCGUCACCAACACCAAGAUCCGCUACGAGGUGCUCGGCGGGCCGUACGCGGCUCUGUGCUGAGCGGGAAGCCCCUCUCCGCGUGCCGGAUGGCCCCGGCGGAGACCGAGGUCCGGAUCGCUCGGCGUCCCGCUCCUGCAGGAUCGGAUGCCGCGGGUGCCGCCUUCUCGCCUCCGGCUUUUGGGGUGGGUGCCGUGUUGGCUUUGUUUCACAUCCUCUCGGUCAAAACAGUGGAGACCCAAAUUCCGAAAUUCAGUUGCUUCAGCCAGUUUUAAAUGCUUAAAUUUGGAAUGCUUUGUUGCAGGUUUCAGCAAAGAUGGG